CCCGCCCUGCCUCUCCUCGCCUCCCGGGCAGCCGUGCCCAGCCCGCAGCCCCCGCCGUCGCCCUAGGCCCACGCCGCGCUGCACGUGCCGCCCGCUCCGUCAGUCCGCCCGUUUGUCCAUCCGCCGAGAUGAGCGAGCUUAACACCAAAACAUCCCCAGCAGCCAACCAGGCACCUGGCCCAGAGGAGAAGGGGGAAGCUGGCAAUGCCAAGAAGGCCGAGGGUGGGGAGGAGGAGGUGGACAUCGACCUGACAGCGCCGGAGACAGAGAAGGCUGCCCUGGCCAUUCAGGGCAAGUUCCGGCGCUUCCAGAAGAGGAAAAAGGACCCAGCUCCUGAGUGCCAGCCUCGCCCUCCCCACUCCUCACUCCGCAGCUCUGGCUUCCAUGCGCCUUGUCUCUGUCCGUCUAUCCCGGGUGGGGACCGUCUGGCCCUCGGGCGUACGAGGUCCACAAAAUCAUUUAUUUGGUCUGGCCCUGCCAAGGCAUUAGGGUUCCUACCGCUGGAGACACACGAUCCUGAAUACCAAUCGCCGGGACUUGCUCGAGCGCCUUAUUCUGUGAGCGAAACCUGCUACUACGGGCCAGCAGAAGAGACGGUGCUGGAAAGUCCCGGCGAGAGCCGGGCGGUACCGCCCUGUCGCUCUGAUCUCCUGCGCUCUCCGCUGACGCGGGUGGCGAGCUGGGUGUGCAGCCCUGAGGAGCAGGGGUGCUGGGUACGUUCUCAAGCCCAAACUGGGAGAGGAUCUUGGCAGAAAGUCAGGCCCCUGAAGGGACAAGGGUCCUGCUUCCCUGACAGCCUACUGCCAGGGCCUGGGGUCGUUGCCCUCUCCUCCAUCCGGCCCCAACACAGUCAGCUUUCCCACGGGGCUCUCCCGGCUCUCAUUCCUGCCUUCAGUCCUUGCAGGGCGCUCCCUUCGGCGCCUCUGCCUCUCUCUCUGGCCCUCUCCCCUGGCUGCAUUUCCAUCAUUUCCGGAGCUGUUGGCAGUGCGGUGGCCUCCGCAGCUCCGGUCUUCCCUGGGAUCACUCCAGUGAGCUGCUGCCCCCUCCCCAUCUCUCGCCAAGCGCCGGCUGGGUGCUGGUGAAGGCUGGCGUGU